AUGGCUACCACAGAUGUCUUUAUUAUAUCCUCUUCACCACCACGACGAUUGGUUUCUCAUAUUGCAUCUUCACCGCCUUUACCUUCUUUAGACAAGAUGGUCAAUGGAAAGAAAGCCUCCAAUUUGCGACAAGGUAGUAGUGUUGCACCUAUUCCUACAGGCGCGACAAUCUUUGCGAGCGCAUCCACUUUGUUGAGGGAAUCCUCUUCUGGAUCUCUUCAAGGAUUUGACAACGCUCGGUCGUUUGUAACAUCUGCAGUGCAAGAUGAAAAUGAUUUGAAGAAAUCUGCGAAACCGAAAGCCCCACGAAAAACGGCUCCAAAAAAGGAAGAUGGGACAGUUGAGAAGGUGGCAAAAGCGUCUCGGAAGACUGUAAAAAAGAAGGAUAAAGAUGUUUCUGGGGAUUUCGUGGAUGAGUUAGUGGGAGAGGCUGCAGAAAUUAUAGCCGAAAAGAAACCGCGAAAGCCUAGAGCUAAGAAGGGAGAUAAUGCAGAAGGAAAGAGUGGGAGUGUUGCAGAGGCGACUGUGGAAAAGAAACCGCGCAAAUCUAGGGCUAAGAAAGCGGUUGACGCUACAGGGGAGGAUCUUAAGGAGAAGGUACCGCGCAAAUCUAGGGCGAAGAAGACCGAUGUUGAAGCUGGAAUUGAAACGGUGCCAAAGGAAAAGGCAGUGAGGAAGCCGCGAGCUAAGAACUCAGAUUUGGACUCAAAUUUACAAUCUAAGAUGGUAAAAGGCAGAGUGACCAAGUCCGCCGUCAAUGCUUCAAAUACCCACAAAGUCGAAACCUCGAAAGCCGAUACAGGUAACAAACAUUUUGCGCCCAAUCCAAUCGUCGAAGAUAUAGUUGCAGAUGAAGGAUUUGGUUUAGUGGAAGCAAUCAGGAGAAGAACGAAUUGGACUCCACCAAAAUCGACAAAGGUUCCAAUUGACCUAGAGGAUAGUCCAGAAGCUCAAGAAUCAGACACCAGCAAAGGAUUCGCAGAGUUAUUAGGGAGCUUUGGGUACAGCAGUUACCAGGCGGAUUCUAUAGAGAAGAGAAUAUCUUCUGGGGUAUCCAAUGGAGCCGCUGCAACAAGGAAGAGGAAGUUAAUUGAGAUGGUCACUACAAAUAUUCCCAGAGAACCCGGCUCAAAAACAACAAAAGAGAAAGCUGUCAAGAAGAAGGCUAGGACGCUCACCGACCUUGCCACAUCUGCUUAUGCAACAGCGGAAGAUGAUGAUAAUCUCCUUGAUGCGCCCACGCCUUUACUCCAAUACUUCCCUCAUGCAGCUCCCGAAGGAUCCACAAAUAAUGGCUUCAAAAUACCGCCAAAGCCGAGGUCAAAGAGCCCAAUGAAGAGAGUGCAAAAGUCAAAAACGGGCUCUGCAGAAGAGCCAAUUCUUCUAUCUCCAGAAUCUGCGAUGAAGCAAGUUAGUAAUCAAGACUUUGUGUUCGGAACUUCAAGUCAAUUGGCAAGAGAAGACUCUCCUUCAUUGCUACGCGAUUUACAUGAUGCUAUGCAAGCAUCUAAUGAAUUGGAUGAUUAUGAUGAUCCUUUCGUUUCACCUCCUACCAAGAUAGCCGAGAGAGGAAAAGCUGUUGUUGCUGCGAAACGGAAUCUUUGGUCCAUUGCUGCUCGUGAUAACCAUGGGGAUCUGAUGGAUGUUGAGACAAUAGACUUAGCACAUACACCAGUUGCGAAGCCAGAUAGAAUCAUGCUAUCACAAAAGCCUUCAUCAUUAGUUACGCCCGGUAAGGAUGAUUGGUUUGAUAUUGACGAAAUUGAAGAUAACCGACCCCCUUCUACUCAAGUUCCAUUAAGGGAGACGGGACCCAUUGAGAGAUCUAUAAAUUUUCAACUUUUGGAUAGUCCUACUCAACCUAAGAAUACCUCGAAGGAUAGCUCCAAAGUUUUCCCACAGAAGAAAGGCACCAAAUCUUUGGUUGAUAAAAGCACCACUCCUAAGAAGGUCGAUGCCUCCAAGAUGCCUGACUACGAAUCAUUCACUACACCACAAUUGACGAGGGAAAUUCAAAAGUACAAGUUCAAGCAAAUCAAAAGUCGAAAGAGGAUGAUUGAUUUAUUAAUUCAGUGUUAUGAAAGUCAGAAUCGUCCAGCCUUGGGUGUUUUACAAGGAAACAUUCCAAUUAUCACGCAAAAUUCGUUGGAAAAGUCUAAAGAUGUAGCCGACUCAUCCACUCAGGUUAAGCCCACCAUUCCUUCUCCUCGACGAGGCCGAGCGAAGAAAGUUACUACCUCCACUGCCUCAUUACCCAAAUCAAAGGCAAAGUCAAAGAUGACAGAUACAGUGGCAUUCUUAGAAAUGGAUAGUGAUACACCACUCUCUAAGAUCCGCACACCCCAAAAAUCCCGUAAGGGAAAACAACCCCUCGAAGAUAUUUUCGACUCUGAUCACCCUAUCACGCCAUCACCACCACGGCGAUCGGAUUCCCAAAUUCGAAAAAUAUCCAAGGCUCUGGAAUUAUCUCCUGAUAAUAAUCAAGACGACGAAGCUCAGCAAGCACAGCUUUUCACUCAUAUCUACACUGCAAUUACCAAAGCUCCACCUUCACAAGACCCAUUCAAUCCAAGCUGGCAUGAAAAAAUACUGCUCUAUGAUCCAAUUAUUCUAGAAGAUCUAGCAUCGUGGUUGAAUACUGGAGCACUGAGUAAAGUGGGCUGGGAUGAAGAAGUAGCUCCAUUAGAAGUUAAGAAAUGGUGUGAAAGUAAGAGUAUUUGUUGUUUGUGGAAGGAAAAUCAAGGUGGUGGGGCUAGGAGUAGAUAUUGA